AUGGAGGUGAACAGGACCCUGCUGACUGAGUUUGUUCUCAGAGGAAUAACAGAUCGUCCAGACCUGCAAGUCCCCCUGUUCCUGGUGUUCUUCCUCAUUUAUGUCAUCACCAUGGUGGGCAACCUUGGCUUAAUCUUUCUCAUCCGGAAGGACCCCCAUCUUCAUACUCCCAUGUACCUUUUCCAGAAUUUAGCCUUUACUGAUGCCUGUAUUUCAUCCACAGUGACUCCAAAGAUGCUUAUGACACUUUUAAAUAAGAGUGACAUUAUAACUCUGGGUGAGUGCUUUGCCCAAUUUUACUUUUUCUGUUAUAGUGUAACUACUGAAAUUUUCCUAUUGGUUGCAAUGGCCUAUGACCGCUAUGUAGCCAUAUGCAACCCUUUGCUCUAUCUUGUGAUGAUGUCCAAAAGACUCUGCACUGUGUUAGUAAGUUUGUCAUAUGUAGCUGGUUUUGUUAACUCUGGACUCAAUGUGGGGUUAUUAUUCAGAUUAACUUUCUGUAAGUCCAAUAUAAUUGACCAUUUCUACUGUGAAAUCUUGCCACUCUAUACAAUUGCUUGCACUGAUCCAUCUCUUAAUGCCUUGAUUGUCUUUAUUUGUGCUUCUUCCAUACAAAUCAGUACCUCUGUGACUAUUUUAGUCUCUUAUGCCCGUGUCCUGUUUGCUGUCCUGAACAUGAAGUCUGAUAGGAGCAGAAAGAAAGCCUUCUUCACCUGCAGUGCCCACCUGCUCUCUGUCUCUUUGUUCUAUGGCACUCUCCUUUUCAUGUAUGUGAGUCAUGGGUCUGGUCCAGGUAAACAACAGGAUAAAAUGUAUUCACUGUUCUACACAGUUGUAAUUCCUCUGCUAAACCCUUUUAUUUACAGCUUGAGAAACAAGGAAGUUUUGGGUGCUCUGAAAAAAGUCAUAAAAUUAUAA